AUGCCUCCCAAGAAGACCGAAGGUGCUGCCCCCAAGGCCAAGUCUGGCGCUGCCCACGCCAGCUACCAGGACAUGAUUACGGAUGCCAUUCUCAAUCUCAAGGAUCGCAAUGGCUCUAGCCGUCAGUCUCUGAAGAAGUACGUCAAGGCCAACAACACCUUGAACGUUUCGGACAACAUGUUCGAUUCUCUCUUCAACAAGGCCCUCAAGGCCGGUGUUGAGAAGGGCAUCUUUGCCCAGCCCAAGGGCCCCUCGGGAGGCACCAAGCUGGCCAAGAAGAAGCCCGAGGCCAAGAAGGCUGCCGCUCCCAAGAAGGAGAAGGACGCCACUGCUAAGAAGGCCACUACCACCAAGAAGGCCGCCGCCCCCAAGAAGGCCAAGGAGGGCGCCGAGAAGAAGGAAAAGAAGGAGAAGAAGGAGGGUGCUGCCACCAAGAAGGCUGCUGCUCCCAAGAAGGCCACCGCCACCGCUAAGAAGACCAAGGAGGCUCCCGCCAAGCCCGAGAAGCCUGAGACCGUUCUGACCAAGACCAAGUCCGGCCGUGUUGCCAAGGCCCAGAAGCCCGCUGCCACCAAGAAGGCCGCACCAAAGAAGGCUGCUGCUCCCAAGAAGGAGAAGGCUGCUGCUGCCGCUCCCGCAGCCGCCGCUGCCACCAAGGCGUAA